AUGUUCUCCAAGGCUUUCAUUCUCGCGGCUGUUGCGGCCUUCACCACCUCCGUUGCUGCCAAGAGUGGCGAUAUGACCUUCUUCAACCCUGGCCUCGGAGCCUGUGGCGGUACCGACAACGAUGGCUCCCCAGUUGUCGCUCUUAAUCCAGUGGACUACGCCAACGGAGCCAACUGCGGAAGAUGGAUCACCAUCCAGGGCAAUGGCCACCAAACAGCCGCUCGAGUUGUUGACCUGUGCCCCGGCUGCUCCAACGGUGACAUUGAUGUUUCCCCAGCCAUCUUCGACGACAUUGCCCCGUUGGAUGUUGGCCGAACCCGAGUCAACUGGUUCUUCCAGUAG